CAUACCUUCUCCCCUUCCAAGACUCGUCACCAUUUCCCUUCUCUCCAAACAAAGGAACAAAGACAAUUGACAAAUCCAAGUUUCAUUUUCAAUCAAGAAAUCAACAACUACACAAGCAAACAUCAAAACCUUAGCAGCGGCAGCAGCGGCCAUGAAUCCUCAACAACAACAACAACAACAACAACAACAAAACCCAGUAGAUCCUGACCAGCCGCUACUCCCGACAAUUAAGAUCCACCACAACCCUUCUCCCCCACGCCACCCUCUCCCACCCUCCGCCACUCCUACUCUCACCCCCACCACUCGCCGCAAGAUUGGUGUCGCCGUCGACCUCUCUGACGAGUCAGCCUACGCUGUCCGCUGGUCUGUCCACCACUACAUCCGUCCUGGCGACUCUGUCAUCCUCCUCCACGUCAGCCCUACCUCCGUCCUCCUCGGCGCUGACUGGGGCCCACUCCCACUCUCCACUCCCACGCAAUCGCAACUCGAUCUCUUGAACAAUAAUAGCAAAUUUAAUAGUGAAAUUGAUAGUAAAACUAAAAAUGAGAAUAGUGAGAAGCCACAGCCCCGGCAAGAGGAUGAUUUCGAUGCUUUCACGGCUUCGAAAGCGGCGGAAAUUGCGAGGCCUUUGAAGGAAGCGCAGAUUCCGUAUAAGAUUCAUAUUGUGAAAGAUCAUGAUAUGAAGGAAAGGUUGUGUCUGGAAAUUGAGAGGUUAGGGUUGAGUGCGGUUAUUAUGGGAAGUAGAGGGUUUGGUGCGGCGAUAAGAGGGAGCGAUGAGAGAUUGGGUAGUGUAAGUGAUUAUUGUGUUCAUCAUUGUUUUUGUCCUGUCGUUGUUGUUAGAUAUCCUGAGGAUAAGGAUUGUGGUCGGGACUUAGCCGGAGGCAGCAGUUAAUGUGCCGGAGGAUGUGGAGGAGGCUGCGGGGGGGAAAACUAAAGAUGCCUAGUUUGAACUUACUAUAUCGUGACUGAUCCAUCUCCACAGCAGUUUGCAGCCGGAUCUUGGUUUUUGUUCUUCAGUUUGCAUUUAUCUGUGCAAUGUUGUCUUGUCAUGCCCCUUCAUUCCACUCCCCCCAUUAUCACGUGUAUGCAUUACACAUGGCGCUGUAAUCAUAGCCGCUGUUAUUUCCUUCCUUUGUUUUUGUAUGCGCAUUUUCCAUGAUGUUUCUACUCUUCAAUUGUCAUGUGGAUCCAAUUUUUCUAUUUGGCCGUCUGUCUUUGUAGAUAUGAUGGAGGAGGUGUCACAGUCAGCAGAGAUUAGGGGAACAUGCUGAGGAGUUAAUAAGAUGUUCUUGUUUGGGUCUCCUGUUUGUGCUAAUAGACAGAUUGUAGGAUGAUCUUUUCUCCCUUGCGACUCUUGUCAGAAGUUUUUCAUAUAUGAAAACUUGGGAGGAUUUGUUACACUCGCACGGCUGAUCAAUGGUGUUAGGUUUCUGGAUAUUCUUGUAGGCUUUUGGAAAUAUGUUUUAAUGGAUUAUAAUGUACAUCGUUUUGGUGUUGAAGAUUGCUUCUCUCUA